UAGCGGGGGUGACGGAAUCGCGAAAAAUCCGAGAGUAUUUUCGAUAAACGAUGCCGCUCUAAAACCCAAGAAUGGACAUAAGUUAACAAUGACGGGGGAGAAAAAGAAGAAAAAGCGGCUGAACCGCAGCAUUCUUCUUGCAAAGAAAAUUAUAAUAAAAGAUGGAGGCAGUCCUCAAGGAAUUGGUGAGCCCAGUGUUUAUCAUGCUGUGGUGGUCAUCUUCCUGGAGUUCUUUGCAUGGGGUCUCCUUACCACCCCAAUGCUUUCGGUACUACACCAGACAUUCCCCCAACAUACAUUCCUGAUGAAUGGGCUUAUUCAUGGCGUCAAGGGCCUGUUAUCAUUUCUGAGUGCUCCUCUGAUUGGCGCCCUCUCAGACGUAUGGGGACGCAAGUCGUUCUUGCUGCUAACGGUCUUUUUCACGUGCGCGCCCAUCCCGCUGAUGAAGAUCAGUCCAUGGUGGUAUUUUGCAGUCAUCUCCAUGUCCGGUGUCUUUGCCGUCACCUUCUCUGUGAUCUUUGCCUAUGUGGCGGACAUCACCCAGGAGCAUGAGAGGAGCACGGCAUACGGUUUGGUGUCGGCUACCUUUGCAGCUAGCCUGGUGACCAGUCCAGCCAUUGGGGCCUACCUGUCGGUGGCCUACGGCGACACACUGGUGGUGAUCUUGGCCACAGCCAUUGCCUUGCUAGACAUCUGUUUCAUUUUGGUGGCUGUGCCAGAGUCCCUACCAGAGAAGAUGCGACCAGCCUCAUGGGGAGCACCCAUCUCUUGGGAGCAGGCUGACCCCUUUGCUUCUCUGCGCAAGGUGGGCCAGGACUCGACAGUGCUGCUCAUCUGUAUCACAGUGUUCCUCUCCUACCUCCCUGAGGCCGGCCAGUACUCCAGCUUCUUCCUCUAUCUCAGACAGGUCAUCGGCUUCUCAUCAGAGACCGUGGCUGCCUUUAUCGCCGUGGUGGGGAUCCUCUCCAUACUGGCUCAGACGGUGGUGCUGGGGAUUUUGAUGCGCUCCAUAGGGAAUAAGAACACCAUCCUGCUGGGUCUGGGCUUCCAGAUCCUCCAGCUGGCCUGGUAUGGCUUCGGCUCCCAGCCCUGGAUGAUGUGGGCGGCUGGAGCAGUUGCUGCCAUGUCCAGCAUCACGUUCCCCGCUAUCAGCGCCAUCGUGUCCCGCAAUGCGGACCCUGACCAACAGGGCGUGGUCCAAGGGAUGAUCACCGGGAUCCGAGGCCUGUGCAAUGGCUUAGGCCCGGCGCUCUACGGUUUUGUCUUCUACCUGUUCCAUGUGGAGCUGACGGACACUGACGGCUCAGAGAAAGGUGCCAAAUCCAAUAUGGCCAAUCCCACUGACGAGAGUGCCAUCAUCCCGGGCCCUCCCUUCCUGUUUGGAGCAUGCUCAGUGCUGCUGUCUUUGCUGGUGGCCCUGUUCAUCCCAGAGCACACGGGGCCAGGCAUGAGGCCCGGCGCCUACAAGAAACACAGCAAUGGAGCACAGAGCCACUCCCACAGCCCCCAAGGUAGUGGGGCAGAGGGCAAAGAGCCACUACUGGAGGACAGCAGUGUAUAACCCCAGCUAUGGAGGGGAGGGGGGCACACUCACCCCAACCCUCCUCUCCGUGCAGACAUGGACAGAUACAUUCAUUUUACAACGUGCGCACAUUCACACCCCUGGCCCACCAUGAGGCCGGAGAGCCAGUAAAAGGUGUGGGCGUGUGUAUGUGUGUCCACAGCACAAAGUGGGCAGUCCCUCCGGAGCAGCUCGUUUUUUAGCAGGGUGGCGUGAGGACUUUUUAUGGACCUUGAAAGUUUGUUGACGAGUGUUUUGGGAGGCUGCUUUGGAGAAGUGUGUGCGCGCGUGUGUGUGUGUGUAAUGUGGAGAGCAACUUUGCUGAGCUGGACUCCAAAACUCAGUUUCUGUAUGGCAGUCACAGGGUGGAACACGUAGCAUUCUGCCCCCCAGUGGAGAGAGAACCACCCCACGGGCACACCGACAGUGAUUUUAGUUGAGGGUGUGAGUGGCUAUCGUACUUGUUACUAAAUCCCUGUGUGAUACUUCUUAUUCCUCCGUAGCCCCGUUUAGUGGCAACUUUGACCCUUUUGAUCCAACAACCAACAAAAAGUGUAAUGAACCGGUAGUCGGGCACUUGUCUAAUGGCCAUACACAAGCUAACUUCUGUUGUGAUGCUCUUUGUCGCGGCUGAGGCUGUGCGCGAGUGUCUGAGGGAGCAUAGGCGUUCCUCUCUGCAUACUGCAGGGGGGAGCACAGUGAAUGUAAACCCUCUAGAAGUGUUUUUCUGCAAGCUAGAUUUCUAAGAGAAGUUACCUAGAUCAGGAUGUUAGCCAAUGCUGAAAAAAGGUCAUUUUUUUUCUUUUUUCUUUUUUUUUAAAGGAGGGCCUUUUGGUCGACUUGAAAAAUUCUUACGACCACAUUUGUUGGAAUAUCACACUUCCCCACGGAGCGAAGCGUGCCAGAGAGACCACUCUUAGCCACCGCCGUUUUCAAUGUUUACCUGCCAUUCUCUAGGUUAGCAGUACAGUUUGGUUUGUGUGUUUUUCCUCUGUUCAGACGGAAGGCUAGUUGUGCUUCAAGUUUUUAUUCAAAAAGACAAAAUGUUGCCUUGAAGUCAUUUAUAUAGCAUAUAUAUUGAAAUUACGCAACCUGUAUGAAGACCGAGGUCUGAGAAGGCUCUGUAAUCUACUAUUGCUCCUAUCGGAGCCCCAACGUACAUUUUAGUGCACCCCUCCCUCGACACCGUUUUUCUUUCUCCACUUGACAUUUAAGCACCAUGGAGGUUGAAACAAAAACAGACAUAACCAUUGUUUUGUUUUUGUUUUGUUUUUUUGCCAGGUAUGUUUAUUUUAGCAACCAUAAUGUAUUGUAGAAGAUGUAUAAAACAAGUCGGUUAUGUUCCAUCAACUCCAGCUGGAAAAAACAAACAAAAACAAAACAAACAAAAACACAGCUAUCAAAGCCAUCUUAAGUUACAGAAUCGGAAUACUUUAUUCAUCCCCGAGGGGAAAUUGGGUAAAAAUUAAACAAAAGAAGAGUAAGAUCAUGGUAACACCAUUGAACAUAGUGUGAUUUCUUUUAACCGUCAUGGUCCAUAACAGAAGUGAUUCGAACUUUCUCAGAAACAGUAACUGAGGUAUUCUUAUGCUCCAAAAAUAUGAAACAAUGUUGUUUUCCUCGUCCUUUUCUCUGAACACUUUUAUUAUGAGAAGCGUAGCAACACGUUUACUGACAGAGAGAAAACAGCAUCUCUGACUGGUAUUGGGGCAACAGACCAUUGACAGACUGAUGAAUUGGAGAAAUGAACUCGCAAAGGAAGCUGGUGAGUUGGUGUGGACUCGGCAGGGCCGGGGGCAGUAAGAGAAGGAGCAUUAAGUUGUUGGGGGGGGGGGACAGGCUGUUAGCGGUGUGAAAUACCUCGCCCAGCAAAAAUCCCUCCUGCCCUGCCUGGUAUCCUGCGUUGUUGUCUCCAUCUAUUUGCUCUCAUUUACUCCACAUUUGUGUGUGUUGAGUGAAGUUAGCAGUAAGGCAGGAAAACGUAAAAGUUUUUGUCCUAAAUCUGAAGUAAACAACAGAUAUUUUGCUUGUUGCCAUCUUUCUCUCACACGUCACCAUUUAGAUUUAUGGAGGCAAGUUGACCACAACAUAUGGAAGAUUAGAAAUCUCUCAGCUCAUUGUUUUAUCUCAAAGCCCUCUGGAGCACUCUGAGCUAUGAUUUUGCCAUCUUUUGUUUUUAUUAUUCUGAUGUGUUUUGGGGAAUAUCAUUAGAUUCAAUAGAAUAUCACUUGUGCUGCUGCAGAAGUACUUGGAAUGGUUACAUGUAAUAUGAUGUAAAUGGCUGGACAGAGAAAACUCUCAACUGUGGUACUUCGGUAUGGAGUGUAAACCGUCUCAAAAAUCCCACGAGGUUUAAAUUCUAAUGUAAAUGGUUAUAAAUAGGCACUGGACAUUUCUGCAAUGGUGUGUUAGUGACGGCAGAGAAUUUUUCAGAUAACUGUAUUAGCAAACGGUGAAGCUUUGUUGUAAUUUUGAACGAUCAAUUUUUGUAGAUGCCUCAAGUGCAUUGGAAUAACCAAAUCACAACUUGAUCUGGACUAGCUAACAAUGGCUCUCUAGCUGUAAAACACCUAUCUGAAGUGAAAUAUACGUUCAUAUUCUCUGUGCCAAAUUUUUGUUGUUUUGAUUUGCUACUUUUGUACUUUUGCUUUGUGUUUGAGUGUGUGUUUGUGUGUGUGAGACUGCUUUUGGAUAUAUUUUUUUUGUCUUAAUUACAGUUGCUGAAGUUUUUUUUUUUAAAUAGCUUUUUAAAAAUCGAUCCAGCCCUUUUUAGGAAUCUUUUCAAUGUUAUGGUGAAUGUCAAUUUUGUUGUGCGUUCCAGUUUUCAUUCAACAAGCGUUUCACCUUGGUUGAGCUUGAUUAGCUUUUCUUCUCCAGAGUUUCAUCAACAGAGAACAUGAGAAUUAUUUGAAUGUUCCAAACAAAGUCGUACAUGUUGAUAAUGCAUACCAACCAAAAAUGCUACACCAUAACCAUGAAACCCGUGACUAUGCCUGCCAUCUCAUUUUAUCAUUUCAGAGCAGGUAUAUGCAUGAGGCCACUGAUGGUGUGCUUCUCCCCCCCCCCCCCCCCCCAUUGUCUUUAUUUUUAUAUAAUGGACCAACACACAAUUUAAACCCCUGAAUUCAGAUUCUAUCUGGUCUGGUUAGAUUCUGCACCAGCCCCGUGUGCACACCUACAGCUCUCAAGAAGAGCGUAAAUGUACAAAAUCACCUGUACAUACAGCAGAUGUGUAUAUAUGUAUUGCUCAUGGAGAUGGCCAUUUAUUGAUCUAUUUGGUUGUACGGUGCAAUUAUAUAUUUCUUAAGACUUACCUGCUAGCCACUCCUGUUUUUAGUACAAUGUGGUUUGUGGCCGAGCCCCCUCUCUGUGUGCCUAAUAUUAGCCAAGAAAUGAAUAUGGCAACAUGAGUAAAUGGUGGAUAUUAUGUAAAUAUGGGAAACUAAUGAAACUAUUUAUUAAAGGUUUAUUGUA